AUUAAUCAGACGGUCAUGGCUUUAAGGCCACUCGGAAAAUUCCCCGUGCUGCGGUAUUUCCGAAAGGAGACUUCGCCGCUCGAAAGAGUCAAGCAGAGUAGGAAACUGGUCAGCGUCAUCACACGUCACUGUCAGCCUAUCACCACCUUCCUCUAUAAAAGAAUCACUCUCUCUCUCUCUCUCUUUCGCACACUGCCACUUCUCCUACAUCACAUCACCGCCAGCCACAGAGAGAGAGGAGACGACGAGCUCUGCGAUUUGGUUGCAAUGGCUUCGAUGAGCGCCAUCCUCUCCUCUUCGCGCGCUCUCCACCGAUCUCCGGCGGCCUUCGGUUCGGCUUCCAGGCUCUCGCCGUUUCUGGAACCGUCCAGGACGCUCCCGCUCCAAUUCAAGUUCCCGGAGCUGGGAAUCACCUCCCCGAGGAAGAGGGCUGUCAUUUGUGAAUCAACCAAUGACGUAAAUGCUUUGCAUUCAGCUUCACUGCAGUCUGACUACGAUGCUGACUCUGUACCUAUGCCAGUGGUGCAUAUAGAUCAGGAUUCAGAUCCAAAUGCAACCAUUGUGCAACUCAGCUUUGGGGAUCGCCUUGGAGCUCUAAUUGACACUAUGAAAGCAUUGAAGCAGUUGGGAUUGGAUGUCUUGAAGGGAACUGUGACCACUGAGGGACCGGUUAAACAAACAAAAUUUUUCAUUACAAGAUUAGACACCGGGCGCAAAGUUGAGGAGUUUGAUAUGUUAGAGAGGAUCCGUCUGACAAUAAUAAACAAUCUUUUGAAGUAUCAUCCAGAAUCUAGUACCCAACUUGCUAUGGGUGAGGCAUUUGGAGUUAUGGCUCCAGAAAAAAAACUCGAUGUUGAUAUUGCAACUCACAUACAUGUCAAGGAUGAUGGGCCAAAGAGGAGCUUGCUUUACAUAGAGACAGCAGAUCGCCCAGGAUUGCUAGUAGAAAUCAUAAAAAUGAUUUCUGAUGUCAAUAUUGAUGUGGAAUCAGCAGAGAUUGAUACCGAGGGUUUGAUAGCCAAAGAUAAGUUUCACGUGAGCUACAGGGGCGCUGCCGUGAACAGUUCGUUAUCUCAGCUGUUGGUCAAUAGCCUGCGUUAUUACCUCCGAAGGCCCGAAACCGACAUCAACAGCUACUAGGACCUGCAGGGGAACAACCUAUUGAGUGUAAAACUCCGAUAUACGGCUAAUAAGUGUACUGUAUCUUCAGUUAGCUAUGUUGUGUGUCCAAUAGAUUCAGAUAACAGGCACUAAAGUUCACCAACUUACUCGACCGAAAAUGAAAUGGCUCGUCAUUUAGCAAUAUCGAGUCUUCUCUCUAUAAGAUACAAGAAAAAAAGGGAAAUGAAUGAGCUCUCAUCUAAA